AUGACCUGCGACACUGGCAGGAAACCAAAGGAGCUCACCAAGCAUAUCAAUUACCAACUAUCUACCAUGCACGCUACUAUCGCUCUACUUCCGCUGCUUGCCUUCGCGAUGGGCAUCGCUGCAGCUCCAGCACCCCUGCAUCCCGUUGCCCGGGCCGUACCAGACAUCAACGAAGUCGCCCGAAACCCGGCUCCCAUCGAUCAUCAUGUCGGUUGGGACGACCAUGGCAAACCGACACUCGGGGAUAUCAGCCACCUCAGUCCAGAGGACAUCAAGAAGCUCAAAGAUCUCAUCAAGCAUCUACUUGGUGGCAGUCACUCUGCAUAG